AUGAAGUUGGCGUCGCUUCACCUGCUUGCCGCUGCUGGCGUCGCCGCCGCCGCCGAUGUCCCCGGCAAUUGUCCCGGCUACGACGUCUACGCGGCUCAGAGACACCCGCCCUACUCCCCCGGCAGAUUCAAGUAUCCGUCCCAGCGGCCAGAGGUCAAGUGUCGAUCGUACGUCGUCCCCGACGUGGACAAAACCAUCGCCCAGGUCAAAGGUCGCAUCAAGGACCCCGAUCUGUACAGCCUGUUCGCCAACACCUGGCCAAACACCGUCGACACCACCAUCCUCUGGCAUGGAAGGGCCGCGGACGAUGCUGACCAAGAGCUUGCCUUUGUCACGACGGGCGAUAUCCACGCCAUGUGGCUGCGCGACAGCGCCAACCAACUGCAGUCCUACAAGCCCAUCCUCAACAUCACCUCGCACGACGCCGCCGCCGCCGCCGCCAACAGCAUCGCCAGCCUGUACAGAGGCACAAUCAACCUCCAGGCCCGCUACAUCGCCAAGUUCCCCUACUGCAACGCCUUCCAGCCGCCGCCCGAAGCCAAGCUCCCGCCCAUCCGCCACAAGCGCAGCUCUCUCGUCAAGCGCGCCGACACCGUCACUCCGCCCUACGACCCCGACGUCGUGUGGGAGUGCAAGUACGAGCUGGACUCCCUCUCGGCCUUCCUGCAGCUCUCGUGGGACUACUACGACGCGACCAAAGACGCCAGGUUCUUUGCCAAGCACCACUGGGCCGAUGCCGUCCGCACGAUCCUCAGCCUGGCCGACGACAUGAUGCGAGGCACCUACGCUGACGACGGGCACGUCAACACGUCGCCGUAUACGUGGCUCCGCGACGCCAACAGCGCCACCGAGACCGUCUCCAACAGCGGCUCGGGCAACCCCGUGCUGGGCAACAUUGGUCUCGUGCGCAGCUUCUUCCGGCCGUCGGACGAUUCCACCAUCUACCAGUACCACAUCCCGGCAAACAUGAUGUUUUCGCGCUUCCUCAAGGCCUGCGCCGAAAUAAUGCAGCCUAUCGAUGAGAAUACCGCUUCUCGCAUGACCAGGAUGGCAGAGGGGAUUGAAAGAGCCGUCGAGCUGUACGGUGUCGUCAAGCACCCCAAGUUUGGCGAUAUUUACGCGUACGAGGUGGACGGGUACGGCUCCCACAACUUGAUGGACGACGCCAAUAUCCCGUCAUUGCUCAGCAUCCCCCAUCUCGGCUUCAAAGCCAACACCGACAGGACCUACCAGCGCACUCGCGACUUCGUGCUCUCUCGAUCCAACCCCUACUACGGCUUCGGACCAGUGCUCAACGCCACCGGGGGCCCGCACCUGGGCCCCGGGAUGGCCUGGCCGAUGGGCGUCGUCAUGCAGAUCAUGACGUCGGAUCACGACGACGAAAUCGUCCACGGCAUCAAGCAGCUCAUGGGAGCGACGAGCGGCCUGGGUCUUAUUCACGAGUCUGUCAAUACGUGGAAUGACCAGAAGUGGACUCGCCCUUGGUUUGCUUGGGCAAACGGCCUCUUUGGACAAAUGAUUCUGGACCUCUUGAACCGAAAGCCGCACCUCCUAGCUAGGACGUAUCAGUAG